GCGCUCUCGCUUCGUAUUCGCGACUCGCGAGAUUAACCAAUCUAAUCAUUACAUAAAUCGCCGACAAUUUGAACGAUCCUAUACGGAACUCAUCGGCGCAUUGACUUACCACGUUCAUCAUGCCGCUGAUCACACGCAACGACUAAACGCAAAACUUAGUUGUGUGCCGUUGUGGACCGCCGGUCCGCCGGAAACAACGUCGUUUUCAUCGCGUUCGUAAAUAAAUCGUAAAGGAGUGGUGGGGCGCUCGCAUUCGGAUUCCGCGAAGUGCAGAAACGGAGAAACCUCAAGCUGCUGCCAAGGGUACGGCCGGUGCGGACUGCGGGUACGGGUACAACAUACAACAAAUACACAACGACCGUACAAGUGUUGAGCGAGGCAAGUGCAUUCAUCUCUAUACACAUUUCUUCAGCGGAUUAGGGACCUCGACUACCUCUACUACUACUACUACUACUAGAACACGCAGUGUGCAAAGGGCCUCUUUUCAUUCGCCGGUGAAUCUACGCAGCGGUCGCUAGGCAAAAAAGCGGCCUGCGAGCGUAAACAAUUAGUCAUAGUGCGCACAGUGCGAAAGCGAAAGCUAACCAAAAUCAACACAAUUUUAGGAAUGUGAUCAUUACACACAAAGGAUGAUCCAGUUUAACAUCACCUCAACUUAAUACUCAGGAAUAUAUGCGAUGUCGGGUUUAGCAACAAACGCGCCGACAUCAGCUGAUGCUUGUCUUAGCAUUGUGCACAGCUUGAUGUGCCAUAGGCAGGGUGGUGAGAGUGAAGGAUUUGCCAAGCGUGCCAUUGAAUCACUGGUGAAGAAGCUCAAGGAGAAGCGGGAUGAGCUGGACUCACUCAUUACUGCCAUCACUACAAAUGGGGCACAUCCGAGUAAAUGUGUUACGAUUCAGCGCACGCUAGACGGGCGAUUACAGGUUGCUGGCAGAAAAGGUUUCCCUCAUGUAAUCUACGCCCGAAUCUGGCGCUGGCCAGACCUGCAUAAAAACGAACUAAAACACGUAAAAUACUGCCAGUUUGCGUUCGAUCUAAAAUGCGAUUCGGUGUGCGUCAAUCCAUACCACUACGAGCGCGUGGUAUCGCCCGGCAUUGAUCUCUCAGGGUUGUCGAUCCAACCAUCCGCGCGUCUUGUCAAAGAUGAAUACAGCGCAGGCGGGCCUGUCCCAGGUGGCAGCGGCAUGGAAGUGGACACUGAGCUGGCGAUGGCUGGUGGAGUCACACAGACUAUACAACAUCACCCACCUCAACAGGGGUAUACGUUAGCUACGUUACAAUCACCGCCACCUGGAGGUGAUCCGAGUAUAAAUUAUGCAAGUAAUCGGCCGGUUCUGGGCCCGCCGCCGACGGUGCCGAAGCUGGAAUCGGUCGCAUCCGCGCAGGAUGCGCACCAGCGCAACAAUUGGCUGCCCUCACGUAUGCAUCUACCGAUUCCUUCUGGUGGUGUGCACCAACACAACGCGAUGCCGCAGCAAGCCGGGCCUGGCCAGGGGCAGUUUUAUGGAGCGGCGCCACCGCCGCAAAACAACGGCCAGCAGCAGGUUGAGCGCCAGCAGGUGGCUGAUAUAAAUUCCACGCUUGGUAGUACUUCGCCUGUGUCGCCACAUUUACAACAGAACGGUUUCGCUAAUCAACAGCAACCAGUCGCUAAUGUGAGCACGGGCGGUGGUCAAACCGCCACACCUGCUUCGGGGCAAGCAUUUACGGGCGCCGGUGGGACUUGGACCGGUGCGAAUACUCUCACCUACACACAGAGUAUGCAACCACCUGAGAAUCGCAAUCAUCACAAUAAUUACUGGAAUCACAAUUCGACAAAUCAAAUCGGUAACGAUGUGGGUAACAUCGCUGGACUGCUAAGUAAUCAACCAGCGCCUGAAUUUUGGUGUUCCGUAGCGUAUUUUGAGCUGGACACUCAAGUGGGUGAAACAUUCAAAGUACCAUCGAGUUGUCCGAAUGUAACAGUCGAUGGUUAUGUGGAUCCAAGCGGUGGUAAUCGUUUCUGUCUCGGUGCGUUGAGUAAUGUCCAUCGUACUGAACAAAGCGAGCGUGCGCGUCUGCACAUUGGUAAAGGUGUUCAGCUUGAUUUGCGCGGCGAAGGCGAUGUGUGGUUGAGAUGUUUAAGCGAUCACUCUGUGUUCGUGCAGAGUUAUUAUUUAGAUAGGGAAGCUGGACGUGCUCCGGGCGAUGCCGUGCAUAAGAUUUAUCCGUCUGCGUAUAUCAAAGUGUUUGAUUUACGGCAGUGCCACGGGCAGAUGACUCAGCAAGCUGCGACUGCUCAAGCGGCGGCGGCUGCGCAGGCCGCUGCUGUUGCUGGACACAUACCGGGACCUCAUAGUGUUGGUGGAAUUGCACCAGCUAUAAGUUUAUCAGCAGCUUCAGGAAUUGGCGUCGAUGAUCUGCGACGAUUGUGUAUUCUACGUUUGAGUUUCGUGAAGGGCUGGGGCCCGGAUUACCCGCGGCAGUCGAUCAAAGAAACGCCAUGUUGGAUCGAAGUGCAUUUGCAUCGCGCCCUGCAGCUGCUCGAUGAGGUUUUGCACACGAUGCCAAUCGAUGGCGCGCGUGGAAUUGAAUAAACUCGCACGCAAUUGACCAGGUAACAUUUAACUCUAAUACACACCCUCAAUCAAUCAAUCAAUCGAAAAAGUGAAGAGGUUAAGCACACCGCGCUGUGGCAUGAUUUAGACAACCAAAUAUGCAGCAAAACAAAACACAAACAAAAGAAAUUUAAGAAAUGAUAAACGUAGUCAGAUAUUUUUUUACAACAGCAUUAUUCGAUUGCCUGCGGUGUGAUGUUGGAUAUUGUGUGGUGUGUGGAUAUAGUGAUAGCACAUACAAUUAUUUUUAUCCUGAUAUGAAUAUUGAAUCGAAUACGCAAGGCAAGAAAAAAAUAUUGAUGUGUUAUUAGUAUUUUAUAUUAUUCUAUUAUUAGAUUUUCUAUCAUUUGUUAAAAAUUUUUAUCCGACUGAGUCGUUUUCGAUUCGAGCCAAACCAUCACAAGCAAUAGCAAUAGCCAGAGGAUUACUACAGAUACAAUACAAUACAAUAGAGUGCAGAACAGGUAUACAUACACAUAUUAUUCAGUUUGAGAAAGCCAUAGACUAUUUAUGACAUAAUAUUUUAUACAUACCACAUUAUAUAUACACAUAUUAUAUAUUUAAUGUUUUUCCUUGUACAUUGUCGCUGUUUUUCUAAUUUUAUUUGACUGUGCGAGCUGUCAAACUGUGAACAGUUGGCCUUUUUGGUUCAUGAAAUGAUAAUAAAUACACUUGACCAUGA